GGGCAAGGCAAAAGCGGAACGUUGGAUUCCAUUUGUGUCAAAAUAUUUGUAUUUAUUGCUAAUUAAACUUGCUGUAGUUUAAGUAUUUUGUAAAUUGACUACUCAUAAAUAGUAUUGGCCUUCUACAUAGUGCUCUUGCAAGCUGGAAUGAUGUCACAUUACUGCAGGCGGAAGCAGAAUCAAAGUAAUCUUAGUACAAGAUGGCAGCGCUGUCGGGAGGAGGCGAUUCAGGUAAUGGAACUGAUCAGGUACUAGAACUGGGAAGAACAUUACUGACAGAUUUCAUCUACGAGCGGAUUCGUCACCAUGCUGACAGCAGUACUCAGUUGUCAGUGUCACGGACCCAGUUGGGCGGGAGUGAGCUGUGUGACCCCAACCACAAGAAACUGGCCCUGUACCUGGAGCAGAUUAGAGAUGAGCUGGAUGGCAAUACACAACUCCAAAGUAUGUUAAAUGAUACUGCACUCCAGCCCAGCCGUGAUGUUUUUAUGAGAGUGGCCCAUGAGAUCUUCUCUGAUGGACAGUUCAACUGGGGCAGGGUGGUGGCACUUUUCUACUUUGCCUCUUGGCUGGUCAUCAAGGCUCUGUUGACCAAGGUCCCCGACAUCAUCAGAACCAUUAUCAGCUGGGCUACAGACUACCUGCGAGAUCAUGUGAUCAACUGGAUUAGGGAUCAGGGUGGCUGGGAGGGAAUCCGUUCCUACUUUGGCACUCCCACCCGGCAGACCUUGGGGGUGUUUCUCGCUGGAGUUCUUACCACUGUGCUGGUCAUGCGCAGGAUGUGAGGGGGAGGAGAGCCUGAGAGAAGGACAUUGAGGGGUGGGACAUAAGACUGGGUAGUAGAGUCAGACAUGUGAGGGUGAAUGGAAGAUGCUUCUGGGGAAGGAAAAGGCGAGGAAAAAAAGUUUGAUGGAAAAACAGCAACGUUUGGACCUGAUCAACCACUCCUCUUUCCUACCCUCCAUCGCAAAGGAUUGAGUCAAGGUUCUUAUCGCUGUUCCCUACACCGCUGAAAAUGUGAGCGGCUCUUGACCGUACAUACAGGAGAGGAGGAGGUGUGUAGAGACUCGGCCAGGGCACAUCUUUUAAUACAUUUUUUAUUUCUUACAAACAAGACACUGCAUGUCAUUUUGUUGCUUAAGUCUUAUGAACUGAUGACAAAUCAGCCAUGAGAAUCUGCUGUGCUUUAUUUCUGUUGCACUUUUCUUCCAUUGAGUCUCUCCUUUUUCCGAUCUGAUCAUUCUCCCUCCCUCUCUUCAUGGUAUCUCUUUGCUAGAGUAUGCAUUUUGGGGUGUCAGAUCAUUUAUGUGUGACCAUAGGAUCAGAUGUUGGAGGUAUGUGUUUGUGCAAUUCUACUGCAGACACACUGUCCUCUCAGAUGUUUACCUCAGCAUAGUGUUCAAAGUACUGUAUUCUAUGGUGGGCUAUUUAAAAGCAGACCAUACCAUAAUCCUUCAAUCAAAUGCUCUUUUUAUACACCUUGUUAAUGUGUUAAAAUAAGAAAGUUACCUUAUUUGCUAAGUUGUCAGUGCCUUGGUUAUUUUCUACAAUAAAUUGCUUUGAUAUUU